AUGACGUUUACAAACGCCCCGGUUACCAGGCUCCUGGUGCUGGGCCUCGUCUCGGCGUCCAUCGGCGCCAGCAUGCUCGACGUCAAGCAUUACUUUUACAUCUCCAUCGAUACCCACCUGUGGAAGUACAGGCAGUUUUGGAGACUGCUCGCCUACCAGCUGUGCUACGCCAACUCGACCGAAGUGCUGUUUGCAGCCAUGUCGUUGUAUAAUCUUCGAGUCGUGGAGCGCAUGUGGGGGUCGAGAAAAUAUGCCUCCUUUCUAGUUGUCUCUUCGCUAUUCACCGCCCUCAUCCCCCCGACGAUCAUGGCUGUUCUGCGACCUCUGUCGGCCAGCUUUUUCAACUACAUGCCCGCGGGCCCGACGCCCAUCGUCUUUGCCAUCCUGGCGCAAUAUCACGCCAUAGUUCCUCAUGUGUAUAAAUACCGGGUAGCCACGUCUCCCGGUUCGCAAGCAAACGAUUCGGCCGGCAUCACCUUGUCAGAUAAAUCGUAUCAAUACGCCAUUGCUUUCCACCUGUCGCUGCUGCAGUGGCCUGGAUCCGUGCUUGGCGCCUUUGUCGGUUGGGCCGUGGGCAAUGCAUGGCGAGGCGGCUUCAUGCCGCUAUCACUCGUGACAUGGCGUCUGCCCGGUUGGAUGGUAGGCUUGAGUUCGCACAGGCGAACGGCCGAGUUCGAAGGCCUGCGAAGACGGCUCGAGGGCGAGAACACAUCAGCUACUGGAGUGACCUCUGGCAUGGAGUCUGAAGGGCAGCAGACGGAAAGGAGGCGGACCAUGGGUCAAAAGAUAGUGGAUCAGUUUCGCGAGGCGUUGUAG